AUGGCUCUGCGGCCGCUCUGGACAGGAUCACCUGCUGCGUCUCCCAAUGCUGCAGUGGCCGGGGACCACGUGGAAAGCCAGCCAGUGGAAAUCAUGAAAGUUCCAGUCCCUUCGGACCCUUUGCCUACCUCUUCACCCGAUAUUCCAUCGAAACUACGCCGGGAGAAAUAUCAAGGGGAAAGGAAGGCUGAAUUUGAAAAGGAGGUGGCAACCCCGGCUGCAGUGCCGGCGGCAGCCCCUCCUACAGAAGAGGACCCUGGGAAAGUGGAGAUGAAGAGUGAUGACAACAAUGGUGAUAUGAAAGAUGGCACCAAAGAUGCCAUGAAUGAUGACUUGGGCUUUGUGACUAGAGAUGAUCAACUCAAAUUCAAAUCCACAAAGAAAAGAACACGCAGAACCAAAACUGCGGUCAAAAGCAAGCGUAAGAACAAGAAAGGCAAGACAAACAAGACAAGCAAGACACCUAAGUCAAAGAAGAAUGCGCCCAAGGAGCCAGAGGAACCAGAGGAAGGAUCCCAGGAAGAAGCAAAAAACAAGAAACCACCGACCAGAAUUGCUGUGGGUCGCAAGCGCAAGGUGCUCACUUCACCACAGAAAAGAUGCAAAAUCAAGAGUGCCAGCUCCGCUCCUGACAAAAAACCUCAGUGCUUUGGGCCCGGUCACGAUGACACACCAGCCCCACCAGCCCCACCAGCCCCUGCAAAGCGAGGUAAAGCACCCAUGGCCAAGGCCAAAGCCAAAGCCAAGACCAAAGCAACAUGCAAAGCAGCGGCCAGCCCGAAAGCAAAGAACACGCGCAAAAAGCAAGUGAAGGAGGCACCCGAAGGCGAGGCAACGCCCAAAAAAACACGAGGCAGAAAGGCUGUCAGAAACACAGGCGAUGACUACUGGGAAGAGCAAAAAACAUCACCUUUGUUCUCGGCUGAGAUGGUUAAGGAGUUGGAAGAGUUCGCACUGCGCUUUGAUACAUCCCUGGAAGUCAAAAGCACAAAAUUCAAAGAGUUUUGCUCAGCACAGCAAGACAAAGAGUUGUGGCAUCACAGGUUGAACAGGUACUGGACCCGAAUGACUUGCGGGGUGACUUUGAAGGAAACAGGUAAAGACGUUCUCCAUUUUGGUUUCACCAGCUCAUGCGCAUGUGACGUCCACAAGAUGGCGAUUUCAGUGAAGUGUGCUAUGAUUUCAGCAGUGGGGUUGGAGAACAAGGAGCCCUACGAGAGAGAUGGACUUCUCAACGAAAAGCUGAAACAUAAUGCUGCCCUUGCCCUCUUUUUGUUGGCGAACCGAGUCUGA